AUGAAGACCAACUUCGGUGUCCUCCUGGCCUUCCUGGCCGCCGCCCGCGCCCAGCAGGCUUGCACGUCUCAGGCUGAGACGCACCCUCCUCUGACCUGGCAGAAGUGCACUGGCACCGGUGGUUCCAGCUGCACCAACGUCUCGGGCUCCGUCGUCCUCGACUCCAACUGGCGAUGGACUCACACCGUCUCCGGAUCCACAAACUGCUACGACGGCAACAAGUGGACCGCCUCUUGCGGUACCGAUGGCACUACCUGCGCUCAGCAGUGCUGCGUUGACGGCGCCGACUACGCCAACACCUACGGUGUCACCACCAGCGGCAAUGCCCUGACCCUCAAGUUCGUCACCAAGCACCAGUACGGCACCAACAUUGGCAGCCGUGUCUACCUCAUGGAGAACGACACCAAGUACCAGGCCUUCAACCUCCUUGGCAACGAGUUCACCUUCGACGUCGACGUCUCCAAGACCGGCUGCGGUCUCAACGGCGCUCUGUACUUUGUCUCCAUGGACCUGGAUGGUGGUGUUUCCAAGUACUCCACCAACAAGGCCGGUGCCAAGUACGGUACUGGUUACUGCGACAGCCAGUGCCCCCGCGAUGUCAAGUUCAUUGGCGGUGUUGCCAACGUUGCCGGCUGGGUCCCUGCUGCGGAUGAUCCCAACUCUGGUGUCGGCAACCUCGGUGCCUGCUGCGCUGAGAUGGAUAUCUGGGAGGCCAACAAGAUCUCCACUGCCUACACUCCCCACCCUUGCCAGAACAACGCCUACCACACGUGCCAGGGCGACAAGUGCGGCGGCACCUACUCUGCUGACCGCUACGGCGGAGACUGCGAUCCCGAUGGUUGCGACUUCAACUCGUACCGCCAGGGUGACAAGACCUUCUACGGCGAGGGCACUGCUUUCAAGCUCAACACUGCUCAGAAGCUCACCGUCGUCACUCAGUUCCUCCGCUCCGGCGGCAGCACUGGUGAUCUUUCCGAGAUCAAGCGCUUCUACGUCCAGAACGGCGUCGUCUUCGCCAACUCUCAGAGCACCGUUGCCGGCAACCCUGGCAACUCUCUGACCCCCGCCUUCUGCAAGGCCCAGAAGACCGCCUUUGGCGACCAGAACAUCUUCGACCAGCGCGGUGGCUUCGCCCAGACGAGCGACGCCGUCUCCAAGCCCAUGGUCCUCGUCAUGUCCCUGUGGAACGACCACUACGCCAACAUGCUGUGGUUGGACUCGACCUUCCCCACCACAUCCACCGGCCCCGGCGCCGAGCGCGGCAGCUGCCCCACCACCUCCGGCACGCCCGCCGAUACCGAGGCCAACCAGGCCAACGCCACGGUGCAGUUCAGCAACAUCAAGUUCGGCCCUAUCGGCUCGACCUUCAACCAGGGCGCCGUCAGCCCUCCCAGCGGUGGCACCACUGUCGUCGCUCCCCCUCCCGCCACGACCCUCGCCACCAGCACCAGGGCCGCCGUCACCACCACGACCCGCGCUGCUCCCCCCACCACCACGACCGCCUCCUCCGGCGGCGCCGCCGCUCCCAAGUGGGGCCAGUGCGGCGGACAGGGCUGGACCGGUCCCACCACCUGCGUCGCCGGCUCGACCUGCCAGGCCCAGAACCAGUGGUACUCCCAGUGCCUGUAA